AUGGCCUUCCGUCUUCGUCAUGUGGCGCACCUUCCCACGAUGCCGCCGCUAAGUCUGGUAAGUUCCGGCCUGGUGGUGCUGCCGUCACUGCCAUGUGGUGCAGAGGAGGUGGCGGCAUUGCUGUGGUUCACGAUGCUCAGCAGCAUCGCUCUGCAGUUGGGCGGUGCUGAACCUGGCGUGGAAUCCACCUAUUGGUGGAUGGAUGAGUCCAAGAUGUCGCAGGUGCCGAAGCCGCUUAAGAAAGGAGAUCAUUCACGAGCUCGAUCUUUGGACUGA